AUGCGUUGCAAACGCAAUGCCCUCAUUGCGGCUGCUGGACUUGCUUUAACUGUCAGUGCCCACUUCGAAAAACCAGACGAUUAUCUUCCGUCUGCUGUUGUCCCAUCAGUUUCGACCCACUCAUCCAACCUACCUCCAACUCAUACACCUAGCUCAGAUUCAACUCACUGGUCCCAUGUUGUUCCAGUCAAAACUUCAACUCAUCAUUCUAGUGUAGCUACUGCUCAUUCAUCCAAAUCACCGUUGAUUUAUUCAUCAUUGGCUUCGAGUCACUCGUCCAGCGAGCCUUGGACUCAUCUAUCAAAUGUCUACCCUGUUGAAACUCCCACUGGUCAUUCCAGUGUAGCUUCGAUUCACUCCUCAUUAGCUUCUAGUCACUCAUCGAAGACCGCUUCCAUCAAAAGUUCCGCCAGUCAUUCUGGUAAAGAUUCGAUUCACUCUUCCCUGGCUCACCAUCCUGAUACGGGCCAUAGCAAAAGUUCUGCUGGUCAUUCUAGCAAAACUUCGGUUCACACUUCCUUAGCUUCAGCUCAUCAUUCCAACCCAAUCCAUAGCAAGAUUUCUGCUAUUCAUUCUAGCAAAGCUUCGGCUCACACUUCCUUAGCUUCAGCUCAUCAUUCCAACCCAAUCCAUAGCAAGAUUUCUGCUAUUCAUUCCAGCAAAGCUUCGGCUCACACUUCCUUAGCUUCAGCUCAUCAUUCCAAUACAAUGCAUAGUAAAAGUUCUAUUAUACAUUCCAGUUCAGCUUCAACCCAUACAUCAUUGGCUUACAGUGAUCAUUUUCAUGCGAUCCCUAGUUCAAGUUCUGCCGAUCAUUUCAGUAAAGCUCCGAAUUACGCGCCAUUGCCUUCGAGUCAUUCAAGUGUAACCUCAAGUCAUCACUUCAACACAAUCCACAGUAUAAGUUCUCCUAGUCAUUCUAGUAAAGCACCGACUCAGAAGUCUAAGCCUUCCAGCCACUCAGUCUUAACUUCGAGUCAUCACUCAGAUGCUACUACUGGUGAACAUACUGUUGGUUAUUCCAACGUCGCUCCGAUUCACACACCCUUGAGUUCCAGUCACUCAACCUUGACUUCGAGUCAUCAUUCCCAUGCAGGCCAUGAUUCAACUCCUAGCCAUUCCAAUGUGGCUUCGAUUCACUCAUCUCAUGCGGAAUCUGUUGCAACUUCUAGCCAUACCGGCGUAGCUCCGAUUCAUACAUCCUUAGCUUCCAAACACUCCACCUUAUCUUCGAGUCAUCACUCUGAUCUGAGCCAUGUUGCAACUCCUAGUUAUUAUGGAUCAGUUCCAGUCCACACAUCCUUGGCUUCGAGUCACUCGUCCCAUGCAGAAUCUAUUGCAACUUCUCAUCAUUCUGGUGUAGAUUCGAUGCACUCAUCUCAUACAGACUCUCUUACGACUUCUAGUCAUACUAGUACAGCCUCGGAAUACUCAUCUUAUGCGGGUUCCGUUGCGACUUCUAGUCAUACUAGUGUAGCUUCCGGACACUCAGCUCCCCACUCAUCCUACCCGUCUCACUCAUCUCACUCAUCCCAAUUGGAAUCCACUUCCACUCUUCAUUCGGUAUAUCCGUCUAGUGUGGCCUCGGCUUAUCAUACCAGCCUUGCUUCGAGCUAUUCAUCUCAUAUCGUCCAUAGUACAAUUUCCGCUAUCCAUUCCAGUGUAGCUUCAGUGCCUCAAUCUACCUCGACUUCCUCUAUUCAUUCUGAUACGCAUUCUGCGCAUUCAUCUCAACAAACCUCUGAUAUCCAUUCUAGUAUAUACUCGGCUCAUGUAUCCAGCUUGGCCUCUUUUCAUUCUAGCGUACAUUCCGCGCAUGGAUCCAGCUUUACUUCCGUUUUACAUUCUAGCACGGCUUCUGCGCAUUUAUCUAAUCAAGCCUCUACUAUUCACUCCAGUGUGGCUUCGGUGCAUCCAUCCAGCUUAACUUCCGCUUCGCAUUCUAUUGUAGCUUCAGUUCAUUCCAGUUCAGCCUCAGUGCAUUCAUCCAGCCUGAGCUCUGUUGCUGAUUCUAGCGGACCAUCAAUUUAUUCAACUAAACCAUCGGUCCAUUCAUCAAGCUUAACUUCUGCUUUACAUUCUAGUAUGACUUCUGUUCAUUCUAGUAUACCUUCAGGUCAUUCCAGUGGACCAUCAAUUCAUUCUAGUGGAUUAUCAGUUUAUCAAUGGAACUCGGCCUCUUUCCAUUCUAGUAUGACUUCUGCUCAUUCUAGUAUACAUUCGGUUCAUUCCAGUAAACCAUUAGUUCAUCCAUCAAGCUCGAGCUCUUUACAUUCUAGUAUAGCUUCCCAUCAUUCUAGUGGACAUCCGGUCCAUCCAUCAAACACAGCUUCUCAUCAUUCUAGUGGACAUCCGGUCCAUCCAUCAAACACAGCUUCUCAUCAUUCUAGUGGACAUCCGGUCCAUCCAUCAAGUACAGCUUCUUAUCAUUCUGGUGUGGCUUCAGUUCAUUCUAGUGGACAUCCGGUACAUCCAUCAAGCACGGCUUCUCAUCAUUCCAGUAUGGCUUCAGUCCAUUCUAGUGAGCAAUCGAUUCAUCCAUUAAGCUCGAUGCCUCUAUAUUAUGAUGCACCUUCGGCCCAUUCUAGUAUGCCUUCGGUUCAUAACAGUGAACUACAUCCAAGUGAACCAUCUGGUCAUCCAUCAGCCUUGACUUCCGUUGUUCAUUCUUUGUCAACUUCGGAUUUGUCAUCUUAUAUGAUACCAGUGGAAUCUUCAGUUCAUUCGUCCAGUUAUGUUCCAGUUAAAACCUCCACUCUUCAUUCUGUAGCUUCGGACUUGCCAUCGUAUACUGUUCCAAAAGUCUCUUCAACUGAAAUUUCUAGCACAUCAAGGGUUUCUUCUGACAUGAACUCAGUCCCUGUCCCAACUUCUACCCAUUCAUCUGAUAUUUUCACAGGAUUUUCUUCGACGAUGAAGUCAUCGAUUACUAACCCGGGUAUCAGUCACCCAUCCAGUGUAGAAUCACCACACAUAACCCCGGCCUCCUCCACUCAUGAAUCCUCCACUCAUGGCCCCUCUGCUUAUGGUUCCUCCACUUCUGGUCCUCAUACUACUGAAUCCACUAUCCCGGGUACCAGAAUGUCGGUGCCAACCGACUCUGUACCACCUACAUGGUCAUCAAGUGUUGUUACUUCUCAAACCAGUUCUGUCACGAUUUAUACCAAGCCACAAACUUCGAAGUCAAGUAUUGUUAAUUAUGGCCCUAGCGAAACCGGCGGCUCCGUACCAGAUGAUAUCACCACACAGACCUCAAAGUCUUCUACUAUUUCCUCAAUUGCUUCAUCUAGUCAAAGCAGUAUUGAAUCUGUCGGGUCCACAAAGACAGAUGGAUGGACUUAUUAUACACACUCCUCAUCACCUAGCAAGACUACAAGUGAAAUUGAGAAUGAGAAAUCCAAAACUACCUCUUCACUAAGUCUUUCAGCAUCUAAUGGAGCCUCUCAAUAUGGAUCAUUUACUUCCGACUCAUCUCCAAGUACUUCGGCCAAAUCAACAGAAACCGAUAGCACAGUUCCAGCUGGAAUUUCUUCUACCUCAUCCGACUCCUUGGUCUCCAAAACCCCUUAUAUCUCAACCUUCUCAUCGAUUCCAAUGUCUUCCACUUCAUCUGCCGAUUCUUCACAAUCUAAAUGGACUGAUACCACAACUGAAAUUGGAGCUUCUUCAACCUUAUCAAGCUCUUCUGAUAGAAUUACUCAUACUCCAAUACUCUCACCUAUUCAUGAAUUUCCACCCACUUCAUCGACCCAUAAAGGUCCAUGUAUAGCUAGUCAUGGAGGUCCAUGUGACCCAUUCAUUCAUGGAGGACCAUACACCUCCUUGGCACAUAAUUCUUCUUCAACACAUGGUAUCUCUUCGAUGACACACAGUGUAACUUCAGGACAUGAUAUUCAUUCAACAUUACACAGUGCAUCUUCUACAGAUAGCGUAUUCUCCACACGUUCUUCCGCAAAUAGUGCCUCUUCUACACAUGGUACUCCUUGGAUGCACACUGUCCACCCGACGCUUAGUGCCUCCUCUAAGUAUGAUAUCCAUUUGACGCACAACAUCUCAUCCAAUCAUGCUUCCACACACAUUGCCUCUUCGGAGCAUGAGGUUCAUUCGACAUAUAGUGCCUCUUCCACACAUGCUUUCACCUACAAUGUUGUCUCUUCUACACACGGUAUCCCUUCGACAACACACAGUGCCUCUAAACAUAUCCCUACUUAUAGUGUCUCUUCGGAGCAUGAUAUUCAUUUGAUGUACAGUGUCUCCUCCACACAUGCUUCCACCUACAGUACCAUCUCCACACAUAGUGUUCCUUCUACACACGAUAUCCCUUCGACAACACACAGUGCCCCUUCGAAACAUACUCCAACCCAUAAUAUCUCUUCGGAGCACGAUUUCCAUUCGGUGUACAGUGUCUCUUCGAAACAUACUUCCACUUAUAGUGUCUCUUCCACACAUGAAACCCCUUCAAUGCACAGUGUCUACAGGACGCAUAGCGUAUCUUCCACCAAUGCUGCCCCUUCGGUGCACAGUACCUCUUCGACGCAUGACUCCAUGCAUAGUGUAUCUUCCACAAAUGGUCGCCCUCCCAUGUAUGCUUCGACAAAUAGUGUAUCUUCCGAGUACGAUAUACAUUCGACCUAUAGUUCCUCUUCCGCGCAAUCUUCCACACAUACUUCCUCGAAUGGUAUCCCUUCGACGCACGUCGUGUCUUCAACACACAAGAUCUCUUCCACCAAAUCAACUUUAUAUACACCUUCCACUUCAUUUAUACAUGAAACGCCUAUUUCAUCAACUCAUAGUGGUCCAUGUACAUCAUCUAUCCAUGGAGGUUCAUGUAGCACAUUAAUUCUUACCGUUACUUCCACCUUGAUAACCUCCUCUGCACCUUCCACUUCUUCUAUUCAUGAGGUUCCAUCCGUUCCAUAUACCCACGGUAGCUCAUGUAUUCCACACAUUCAUGGAGGCUCGUGUACCAAAUCUGUCCAUGAGAUCACUUCUACUACAUCAACUACACCUACGCCUCCCGCCUCUUCUAUCCACGAAGUACCACCCACUCCAUCUGCUCAUGAUAGUUCAUGUAUUCCACAUAUCCAUGGAGGUUCAUGCACCCAACCCAUUCAUGUUACUUCAACUUUAUUAAAACCUUCAACCUCUUCUAUUCAUGAAGUCCCACCUGUUUCUACCCAUGAAAUCUCAUGCAUUCCACAUAUCCAUGGAGAUUCAUGCACCAAGUCUAUCCAUGUUUCUUCUUCUACUCCAUCAACUUCAUCCAAACCUUCAAUCUCUUCUGUUCAUGAAGUCCCACCUGUCCCUACACAUGAGAGUUCACCUCCUCAUUAUGGUCCAUGCAUUCCUCACGUCCAUGGAGAUUCAUGUAUCAAGUCCUCCAUCACUCCACACCAAGGCUCAUCCACUUCGUUAUCAGCCCCUGCCAGUUCCAAAACUACCUCCGCCUUACCAUCUGCAUACACAGUAAAACCAGGUGAUGUUUUUUUCAGCAUUGCACACGAUAAAGGAAUCCCAUUGGCUACUCUCGAGGAUUUGAAUCCACAAAUCACAAACCCAGAUUUACUACGACCUGGAGAGAUUAUCAACCUUAAACCUCAUACUACAUCCUCACCAAGUACAUAUACUGUCACAAAAGGAGAUAGUCUGUAUAGCAUAUCCAACGGAUUAGGAAUUCCAUUGGCUGAACUCGAAGCCGCAAACCCACAAAUUUCUAACGCUGAAUUGAUUCAACCUGGACAGGUGAUCAAACUCCCCUCUCACGGCGCUACCGUUAUCGUAAAGCCAGGAGAUACUCUCAGUUCUUUGGCCGCCGCAAACAAAGUUUCGCUCCAAGCCUUGGAAGCCGCCAAUCCAGGUAUCCAUGACUACAAUUCCAUUGCUCCAGGUCAAACCAUAAACAUCCCGCCAAGCAAAGUUUCUCGCAGUAAAGAACAUACACACGUUGUUAAACCAGGAGAUACACUCACCAAAAUCGCCGAUGCCAAUGGUGUUACUCUCCACGCUUUGAAAGCCGCCAAUCCAGACAUCAUUAUGGUCAACUCACUCUGGCCUGGCGAGACUGUGAAGAUCCCUAGCACUGGUGGAGACAACUACAGAACUUACAGUGUUAAAUACAAAGAUACCUUUAUUGAUUUGGCGGAUAAGUUUGGAGUUUCCAUGAAAGAUCUUCAACAUGUCAAUUCACAUAUCCAGGAUGUUGAACAGAUCAAACCAGGAGACGUCAUUAAUAUUCCUGAGCACAAGCCAAAGUCAAAGAGAGGACUUAAAAGUGCUAAGUCCAGAUCUUCAUUUUAA